CUGCAGCCGGGAGCCAAGCCUCCCCUGAGCUCCAGACUCCGCCAAACCCCCCGUGGCCUGCGGAGGCGCGGAGACGGACAGAGCAUCUGGCCAAUAAGAGCUUUGCUCUUCGCUCGCCGCCCAAUGGGCCGCGGCUCACAGGCCGGGGCGGGACUAGGAGGACGGGAGGGGGCGGCCCGGGGCUGGCGCGCCGCGCGGCGGCUCCGCGGCUCACAGAGCGAGCGCCUGGCAAGGUGCAGGCGCCAAGACGACGCUGGAAGGCGCCACCGCAGCCGCCGCCGCCGCUGGCCAAGGUGCUGGACUAGACAGGCCCGUCGGCCGCCUCGCGCGCUCAGGCACCCGCUGCAGCAUCGCCCCCGACCGGUCCCCAUGGAGGAGAUGGAAGAGGAGUUGAAAUGCCCCGUGUGCGGCUCCUUCUACCGGGAGCCCAUCAUCCUUCCCUGCUCCCACAAUUUAUGUCAGGCGUGCGCUCGCAACAUCCUGGUGCAGACCCCGGAGUCCGAGUCCCCUCAGAGCCGUCGGGCCUCCGGCUCUGGGGUCUCCGACUAUGACUAUCUGGACCUGGACAAGAUGAGCCUGUACAGCGAGGCGGACAGUGGCUACGGCUCCUACGGGGGGUUCGCCAGCGCCCCCACCACCCCGUGCCAGAAGUCCCCCAACGGCGUCCGCGUGUUCCCCCCAGCUAUGCCGCCACCGGCCACCCACCUGUCACCGGCCCUGGCCCCUAUACCCCGCAACUCCUGUAUCACCUGCCCCCAGUGCCACCGCAGUCUCAUCUUGGAUGACCGGGGGCUGCGCGGCUUCCCUAAGAACCGCGUCCUGGAAGGGGUAAUUGACCGCUACCAGCAGAGCAAAGCUGCGGCCCUCAAGUGCCAGCUCUGCGAGAAGGCGCCCAAGGAGGCCACGGUCAUGUGCGAACAGUGCGACGUCUUCUACUGCGAUCCGUGCCGCCUGCGCUGCCACCCUCCGCGGGGACCCCUAGCCAAGCACCGCCUGGUGCCCCCGGCCCAGGGCCGCGUGAGCCGUAGGUUGAGCCCGCGCAAGGUGUCCACCUGCACAGACCACGAGCUGGAGAACCACAGCAUGUACUGCGUGCAGUGCAAGAUGCCCGUGUGCUACCAGUGCCUGGAGGAGGGCAAACAUUCCAGUCACGAAGUUAAGGCUCUGGGAGCCAUGUGGAAACUGCACAAGAGCCAGCUCUCGCAGGCGCUGAAUGGGCUGUCGGACAGGGCCAAGGAGGCCAAGGAGUUCCUGGUGCAGCUGCGCAACAUGGUCCAGCAGAUUCAGGAGAACAGUGUGGAGUUUGAAGCCUGUCUGGUGGCCCAGUGUGAUGCCCUCAUUGAUGCCCUAAACAGAAGGAAGGCCCAGCUGCUGGCCCGGGUCAACAAGGAGCAUGAACACAAGCUGAAGGUGGUUCGGGACCAGAUCUCUCACUGCACAGUGAAGCUGCGCCAGACCACGGGCCUCAUGGAGUAUUGCCUCGAGGUGAUUAAGGAAAAUGACCCUAGUGGCUUUUUGCAGAUUUCUGACGCCCUCAUACGGAGAGUGCACCUGACUGAGGACCAGUGGGGGAAGGGCACACUCACGCCCCGGAUGACCACAGACUUUGACUUGAGCCUGGACAACAGCCCGCUGCUGCAAUCCAUCCACCAGCUCGACUUCGUGCAGAUGAAAGUCCCCGCGACCCCCAUCCUGCAGCUGGAGGAGUGUUGCACCCACAACAACAGCGCCACUCUGUCCUGGAAACAGCCACCUCUGUCCGCUGUACCCGCCGAAGGGUACAUCCUAGAACUGGACGAUGGCAACGGUGGUCAGUUCCGGGAGGUGUAUGUGGGGAAGGAGACGAUGUGCACCGUGGAUGGGCUUCACUUCAACAGCACCUACAACGCUCGGGUCAAGGCCUUCAACAAAACGGGAGUCAGCCCAUACAGCAAGACCCUGGUCCUGCAGACGUCCGAGGACACAGAUUCAGAAGAACAGACCCUCCCUUUUCCAGUGCCUUCGGAAAGAUUGCCGCUCCGUAGGAUGAGCCCUUUCUCCUCCACCCUUAGUCUUCAGCCCAGCUUCCUGGGGAGGUCCUACUUUGAUUUCCGGCCCUCACCCCACCAGCUGAGCCUGCAUUCCUCUUUGCAGUCCCUCAAUGCACCGGGAGGCAAUUUUGAGACACAGCCUGCACCUUACUCUCAAUUAGUUGACAUUAAAAAGCUGUUAGCAGUGGCCUGGUUUGCCUUCGACCCCGGCUCGGCGCACUCUGACAUCAUCUUCUCCAACGACAACCUGACGGUGACCUGCAGUAGCUACGAUGACCGGGUGGUGCUGGGGAAGACGGGCUUCUCCAAGGGCGUUCACUACUGGGAGCUGACCGUAGACCGCUACGACAACCACCCCGACCCUGCCUUCGGCGUGGCGCGCGUGGACGUGCUGAAGGAUGCCGUGUUAGGGAAGGACGACAAGGCCUGGGCCAUGUAUGUGGACAGUAACCGGAGCUGGUUCAUGCACAACAACUCACACACCAACAGAACUGAAGGAGGGAUCACGAAAGGGGCCACAGUCGGGGUCCUCCUCGACUUAAACAGAAAAACCUUGACAUUUUUUGUCAAUGACGAGCAGCAAGGCCCCAUCGCCUUUGAGAACGUGGAAGGGGGCCUGUUCUUCCCUGCUGUCAGCCUGAACAGGAACGUGCAGGUCACGCUUCACACUGGGCUUCCGGUCCCCGACUUCUACUCCAGCAGAGCGUCAAUAGCCUAAGGAUGUGCCCUGCAGGUGCCAGCUGCCUAUUCCCACCUCCACCUGAGGGGACAGCCAGGAGCCCCACCGAUGGGAUCAGGAGAAGGGGAAAGCUGGUCCUCUACAGCCCCACAGCCACAGCUCUGCCCCUUGUCCUUCAAGUCCUCUCUGCUGUCACGCCGCGUUGACGUCAUGUCCAGCAAUGCUAACCAGCAGAGGACCUGGACAGCCCACCCUCCCUGUCCCUUCCUAGCCACUCCCAAAUUUUGCUUUUAUUUCACUUAAUUUUUUAUGUAGGUGAUUUAUAUUAUGUUUCUUUUCUGAUCAGGUUGUUGGUGACCUAGUGAACUGUCACUUCCAGGAGAAAACUUCUCCUGCUAACUUUUUCUUAAGCUUUGUCAAGCCUCAGAGUUAGAGGGGGAGGUCUGAGCUGAAGUUGGAGCUUACAGCUCCCCUCCUAGGAUGUCCUUGCCGUGUGCCUCUCAUGCAGGGUCAGCUCUGCACAGCUCACCUUUGCGGGCUGGGCACAGUGACUCUAGUAUUGACAAGUUUUACUGCGCAUUGAAGCACAAAAAUAUCAGCUCCAUGGGUUCACGGCAGGGUAGGCUUAUUAGGGUGGCCCUAUAACUAGGUCAAGCCAGAAGCCCUGGCCACUGUACAAAAUGAGACAGUCUCUGGACAUAGGCUAACCAGGGCACUUGCUAAUUUGGUUCAUUUAGUAUAAACUUUUCAUUGAGAAGCUACUUUUCAUUGAGAAGCUUCAUUGACCAGGCACUGUUCUAGACACCAGAACACUGUGUUCUAGACACUGUGGGGACACAGGUGGACAGACAGGCACAUCUUUGCCCUUCUGGAGUUUAUAACCUAGCAAGAGAACAAAGCAAAAAUAAUUACAAAUUGUUAUAUGUACUAGAAAGGAAAUAGGUGAGGGUCAAAGGGGCUCAUUGCAGAAUCUUUUGGGUUUCCUAGAAUGAUGCUAAGAACCCACACUUUCUGGCCGGAGCACCAGAAAGGUGCCCACUCAAUGCCUAGUCAACUGCGCUACUCUCAUCAUGGCACCUGCUGCCAGCACAUCACAGAGCCCUUCACUGGUAGAAAUGCUGUUGGCAUCCUUAUUUGCUAAUGCUGCAAUGAUACUAAGCCUUAAAAACAUGAUGAAAUAAAAACAACGAGCGGAAAGCAGAGGAUCCAUUCUCAGUAAUGGGGAUACUGAGUUGCAGGCCACAGCACCCACAUCUCAGGAUAAACAUGCCUGUCUCCACGGAGACUGUGCCUGUUCACAUGACACUCCAUCCACUCUGCUGCCGUUCACAGCCUGGACUGCAGGACUAGUCCAAAUGCUGUCUGGGGAAAUGUGGGCAUGUCUGUCAUCAUCACUGACAGCAGAACAGCAACGCAUGCGUCAUGUGUAUAGAGAUGGACCCAUCUAAGUUACUCUCCAGAUUCUUUAGUUUGACAUGAAGUUUUAUGAAAGGUAGGACUUGGAAAGAAGUCCUUAUUAGUUGUCUAAAUAUUUUCCAGUGAGCCAAGAAAUUCACCAUGAAAAUCAAGAAAAAUAAAAGAGAUAGUAUGGGAAAGCUAACAAAAGCUUUGGCAAAAAGUAGUAUAUGUAAAUAGCUAAUUAUUUACCUUUGUGCUUACUUUAUUUAGAUUAUUUCUGUCAGUUACAAUCAGAUUUUCUAGUUAAUUGUACCUAAUUUAUUGACUGGGUGCUAUCCUGUUUAUUUCUAUCUUGGUUCUCCUUGGCUACAGGGAAACUCAGUUGCAGGGCAACACUAGUUCAAUAUUUGAUUUACUCUCCCAGGAAACUCGAUGGCUGGGCCGCUGUAGACUCACUCUUGUUCUUUAUUAAAUUCCUCAUGCUAAUUAGAUUUCUAGUGACUUAUAACAUGUAGUUUACACUGAAUUGCAAUUAUAGAUGCAUACAGCUGCUGUACUAGAAAAAAGUUGUCAUUUCUGGCGUGCCAAUAAAUGAUUUUUAUGAGCGAA